GCAAGGAAACCAACUUGUUUUGGUCUAGAGUGGGAUUUCAACCCAUACAUACUACAUAGUACAUACAUAGACUGACCUAUGCUGCCCUCGUUACGAAACGCGUUUGCAUUAUGCGAGAGCUGACGAGUCCUCAUAUAAUUAAUAAUGAAUCGCUGCCGAAACUCAUUCGUUCUCUCUCUCUUUUUUUUUCCUUUGGUGUUUAACGACGGACUUUGAACGGAGAAAAUUAGAAAAUGCAGCAGAAAUUACAGUAUAGGCCGCUGCUUGGCCAGCAUGAUAUUCGUGUCAUUCGACUCCUGACGCCGGUGGAUGAUCCCGUUCACGCUACGGGGCCGGUGCACUGCGAAAUCGUGCAUGUUGCGCUUGGAGAGGCUGAUGUGAUUGCCAAUGCCGGGAAUGCGACGAAGGGGUCUAAUGGUACUUGGCCGGUGAGCGUGGACACUGCUGUUGAUAGCCAAUCCAAGACAUCACAGCCGACGGGAUUCAACGAGCUCUUUGAGAAGAGCUUGGUAGAACGCAUGACUCCGCUGGCCAAUUUACCAGUAGUGCCUUACUUCGAGGGACCCAGUUGUCUUAGGGAAAGCCCACCAAAGGUCGGAGAUCGUACGGUAACAGCGUGGAACCCAAGCCAGGAUGAAGAAGCUAGUCUACCCUGGCGAUACACCUGGGGUGAUUUCGUCGCCUUAUCUUACGUCUGGGGCGACCAAUCCAUAAGGCGCGAGAUAAUCGUCGACGGCAUACCCGUCUCCGUCACAGCUAGUCUCGAGGGUGCUCUACGAGAGCUACGACACCACAGUCGCAUACAACAAGGCUUUUUACUCUGGGUCGAUGCGCUAUGUAUCAACCAAGAGGAUCUAGACGAGCGCUCUGCCCAGGUCGCCAAAAUGAAGGAUAUAUACCAGGCCGCGUGGCACGUCGUCAUUUGGCUCGGCCCUGACGAGAACCGCAGCGAUCUAGCGACGCUGGCGCUCAGGUACAUGAGUCUCCAUUCGGAGGAUGAAGAUGUCUUGGAUAAACUGUAUAAGCAUGUUGAGUUUUAUGUCGUCCGGUUGCCAUUUAUGCAGUGGAAACAUGCGCACACGAGCUUGCGCAUACGGAAAGCCGUGCUGAAUGCGAUCUACCACCUCCUUGCUAGGCCGUACUGGCGUAGGCUUUGGAUUAUCCAAGAAGUUGUCCUGGGGUCUCGAAACUCACCUGUUAUUUGUGGCAAUAGCUCCAUCUUGCUAAAAGAUAUCUUCAACGCCUUGAGGGUGAUGAAGGCAGACGGCGACGCGCUAGGCCAGUAUAUAAUCUUCGCCGCAAAAGGGUCGAGUAAAACCCACCAGAGAUGGAAUUUCGUAGCCGAAGACACGUACGGGAUCUCAGAGAAGCUGUGGGAGCGGCCGAUCGCGAUAACAGCGCUCAAGUUCUUCGAUCUAGAUUUAUCAGCACUGCACAACGGCGUAUACGACUGUCUACUCGUCAGCCGCGAAGCUAACGCCACUGACGAACGCGAUCGGGUCUACGGUAUCCUCGGUCUACCGCAGAUCGCAAACACCAUCCAGCUCAUUCCGGACUACAACCGCACGGCACCCGAGACUUUCAUCCUCUUCUCGGCACGUCUCCUCGCAAGCGGCAACGUAAACGGUCUCCGACUUGUGAACAGCCCUAUCCCGGCGAUCGGUACUCGGUACUACAAAAGCACGCACUUCUCCCGCCCGCGCUCGCCGAAACUCAUCCACGACCACCGCGUCGUGCACCGCGGCUGCGAGCACGGCUUGCCGUCGUGGGUCAUCUGCUGGUCGUGUCCGCGGAACCCCGCGCAGCCGUUCCUUGACCGCACUCGGUCCUUAUCCCUUCUGGCGCUCCCACCCACAACGCCGCGCAUCACAGAUGAUAACGUGCUUAUCGUCAAGGGCGUCGUGUUUGACACGAUUACCACCCUCAGCGCCUGCCACGCCACCGAAUCCGAUAAGUCGUACCCCCGCAGCGCGCCCGAGCCCCCCAAAAGCGCGUACGGUGAUCGUGCCGCGACGCGGGAGGCUCUGGCACGGACACUAACUGGGGAUUUCGAAUCCAAGAGCGACAAUGCCAGCGACAGCGAAAACCCGGACCUCGACAACCCGUCCCUAGCUACUGCAGUAAUGCACCCCACGAUCUGGGACAUGGGCAUCAACGGCAUCGAUAACAAUAUCUUCGGCCUGAAGGACUUCUACCAGCGCAAUCGCGCGCUCCAGCUCUUUGAUGGGUGGACGCUGGAUUCCCUGGUGCGCGACCUAAGUAGGAGCGCGGAUAUCGGGAGGAGGGUAAAGGAGUCGGCGCGGGCUCGGCCUAAGAUAUUGAGGGUUACGAUGGCGCAUCGGGAGGCACUGACGCAGGCUAUGCGGGCGCUGGGGUGGAGGAGAUUGGUAGUUACCAGCACGGGGUUCUUGGGACUGGUGCCGGCUGCGGCUAGGGAGGGGGAUGUUUUGGCUGUGGUGGGCGGGUGUGAUGCCCCGCUGCUUUUGAGAAGAGUUGGCGGUGAUGGGGUCGGCGACGGAGUUGAGGAGAAGGGGGUUGAGAUCGGUAAGGGGAGAUUUCAAGUCAUAGGCGAGGCGUACGUGCAUUGGGUUACAGGGCGGGAGAUACAGGAGCGGGUUGAAGGGGGAGUGUGUAAGGUGGAAGAUAUAUCCAUUUGCUAAUUAAGCAUUUGGGGAGGGUGGCUGUUAUUGUUUUUUAUAGCAUAGAUACCAUUAUUUAUACCCAAUAGGAUGGGAUAGCAUAUAUGUGGUGUUUGGUUGUUGAGAAUGGUUGUAUGAAUACCCCUAUUUAAAAGCUAUGUAGGUAGGUAGGUAGUUACGGUGUCGAGUG